CGUGGGGCCGUUGGAGGUCCGCGCUGCGAGUAUCAUUUCCGCCGCAGAAGAAGAAUCUUCAAGCUGUCUUCUGUGUUGAGGAGGUGAAGUCGCUCCCUUGAUGUUUCAACGCUUUUUUUUACACGCAAAGCAGUCAUUAUUUGUUCGGGUGAUGUUAUAAUUACAGUUUUAGAGUUUUCAAAGUCACCCCAUGACCGCGUUAGCUGUCGUUCAGCAGCCGAAGUAAGCUAGUAGUGAUGUCCUUCUCGUGGACUGAUCGCCAGGGGCAGGUGGAAGACCUGGCGAAACAGAGCAAAGAGCAGCUCCAGGAGCUCCUGCUCCGGCAGGAAAAGAUCCUUUCUAACAGGAGGUUAAUCCAGACUCUUCCUGAUAAAGGGAAAAAGCUAAAAGAAUUUGCAGACAAGUUGCGUCUCGCCAUUGAAGACCACGAUGAAGAGGAGAGGAGGCAGAGCUUGGUGUGUGCUGCUGCUACAGAGUUACAGUCGAAGUACCAGCAGGCAUUCAUUAGGCAGCAGCGUGCUGUCCUUAACACACCAGCGUCUGCAAGCGAUGCAGUGCAGGAGAAGAGGACCUCACCUGUCUCAACACACGUGCAGGAAAGCGCCGCUUCAGAUGAGCAACAUGACCAGUUGGUCUCCAGAGCAACUGCUGGCGAAACCAUGGAAAUGGCUGCUGCUGCUCUGAACUCUGGUCACACAAAGGAGAGUGACCUAGUGGAGGCCUUGGAAAGGGUCAGGCUGUCUGAAACUAGUUCUGGUUACAGCAGCGCAUCCAAAGACUUUCUCAGACAGGCACCACCAAGCAAGCCUCACUAUUUAAGUGUAUUGGAAAAGACGGAGAAAACGUCAGCCCCUAAGAAGGAGAAGUUUAAACCAAAUCAGCCGGCACAUCGAGGUGAUGCCUCACCAUCAGGCUCUUUAUCACCAACACAGUCUUCUGAAGGCUCGUUGCCACUGUCUGCACAGGCCAGGAGGGAGUGGGACAGAAAACAUCUGGAUGACAUCACAGCAGCCAGACUCCCUCUGCUCCACCACAGUCCAGCCCAGCUUCUGUCUUUGGAAGAGUCGUUCAUGCUCCUGCACGAGCACACGAAGAAGCAGCAGGAGUUGCAGGCCAAGCUGGCAGCCCAGAAACUGUCUGAGAGUUUGAAGAUCUCUAUGGGGAGUUGCACUCCUGAUGGUGGCCCCAUGGCUGCCUACAGAGAAGUUCACGACGAAGGAGCCCAGCUCUCCUCAGACGAGGGCUGAUCCUUGAAGGCCAGAGCUGGGGGAACCAACGUGACCUUGGCCCUGAGGGAAACAGGCUUUGGACCUCGCAAUCAGGACCCAUCAAACAGGAUUUUCACUCCAAGGACAAGAAUUCUUAAGAGAGUAAAGGGUCUUUGCAUGGUGUGAAGGCAUAGCUGCUGUCCCAGACCCAGCUCAGGAAAUUGAGUGACAGGUUGAGAAACUAGCCCACUUAGUUGCCAUUCAGUUCAUAUUGGGCUCCGUUGUUUCAGUGUGCUGCAGGAAUAAUACCUGCUGUUGAGUAGCCUUAAGUGCUACAUGUGAGGCAUGCACAGCAUUAGGAGAGAAAUGUUUCUGAUCAGGGCACUGAAACUGAUGAUGUCAUCUCUCUUUCAGAGCCUGAGAGUUUCUUAUGUUGAUGUUCCGUUCUACAGUUAUAUGCAUUGAAAUCGUAUCAGCAGCUGGAGCAGACUGUUUUGGCACUUCGAUGACUGUUUACAUCUUUUUAUGAGUCUACAAAUUGUAUGUUAAUUGUAACAGAACUAAAUAAAUAUUCUAAGCUUCCAAAAGA